AUCGAAUAUUCCGCUCUGGAUAUUAUUGAUACCCAGUAAAGACUUGAAAAUUCACGGAAAGAUUGGUCAAGAAAGCAAACGAUUCCACGGCUUGCACCUUUGACAUUUCAGUCCCGAAUCCUUGUUAGUGUCACUAUGCCGAUCGGCAUCCAGCGGCUGAAUGCGAAACGUUCGCAUCCAAACGACCGGAUCAUCUUCAUCAAGCCUCUGAAAGGCCGCGAUGAAAAGAUUGCCCAGGAUUUCCUCGAAAGAAUUGCCGCACAAUGUUUACCGAUCAUGAAAGAGCACCACCUUUCGGUGAUGUCUCUGGAGCAGUACGAGUUCAACAGGGAGUUCGUGGGCAGGAAUUUCAACGCCGGUGAAAUCAUUCAGCUUGUGCUCAAGUCUCAAUCAGGACGAUGGCUACCAUUUGAGUAUGUUCAGAUGGUGAUGAUGCACGAGCUGGCGCACUGCAAGCAAAUGAAUCAUUCUAGAGCAUUCUGGGCAGUCAGAAACAAUUAUGCCGAGCAGAUGCGAGGGCUCUGGCAGCGAGGGUACUCUGGUGAAGGCAUCUGGGGUCGUGGUGCCCUGCUGGGAACGGGACAAUUCCAGAACAACGUCGCUCUUCCCUCUGAACCGCUGCCGGAGCACCUGUGUGGCGGCACAUAUCGCUCCCGUGGACGCAAGAGGAAGAUCAAGCCAAAGCUGUCCUACAAGGAGCAAAAGGAGCGCCGAAUCCUGAAGAAAUUUGGCGCCAACGGCACAGCCCUAGGUGCUGACGAGGAGACAAAAGUCAAGUUGGAAGGCGGCAAGCGCACGCAAGCAAAACCACGCGUGGCUGGGAGUGCUCGUGGACGUGAAUUACGAGCCGCGGCGGCGCUCGCACGAUUCGACCAGCCGAAAAAGGAGCCCGAAGAAGACAUCAAAAACGAGGUUAAGGAUGAGGAUAGCGGCGAAAGCGAGUACGAGGACGAUCCGGCGGACAUAACGAACGAAGACGCUGUCGACAUCGAUGGUAAGGUGAUCAAGGACGGCAAGGGCAGGGGCAUGAUCAAGGUCUGCGAAGACGAGAACCCCGAUGACCAGGACGCCCAGAACGAGCUACAAGAGUUACAGGCGUCGGUGAAGCAAUGGCGCCAGACGCAUCUCAAGUUCAAGCGCGAGCCCGUGGACGAAGCUGAAGCUUCAAGUGUGCCACCACCGAAUCGAGUAGCAGAGUUAUCGCGCAAGGAAGCACCGACGAUCCGGAGGCCAGAGCAAGAAGUUCCUCCUCGAGUCAAGGUCAAGGAGGAGCCGGACGACGAUCAGGAGGCGCCAAUUUUAGAUAUCGCGAGUGCAACCCCCACAAUCAAGAGAGAGGCGCGAGACAAACCCCGGUCAAUAGCAACCCGUCAUCCGAUCUCACCGCCCAGCGCGUCAUCCACGGUGUCGCCGUCGGCCGAGAGACAGAGGGUCACGGCCGCGACGACGGAGUCAGCGGCGAUAUCAGCGCCAAAGUCUAAUAGAGCUGCGGCCGCAGCGACAACGGCCGAAGAUGGACGAGAAAGUGAGACCGAGUCCAUCUGUGGAGUCUGCUCGUUUGCCAACUCUGCCCUGUCGAUAACGUGCGCCGUCUGCUCCCACGUGCUGGACCCGGCAAGCGUACCGAACGCCUGGCGCUGCGAGGGCGCCGCGUGCCAGGGCAGCCAGUAUCUCAACCCCGGUGACUUUGGAGUGUGCGGUGUCUGUGGGCAGAGCAAGCAAAAACAGCAAGGCUGAGUUUGGGUUCACGACGUGAUAAGGUUAGGAGUGACACAGGACUUUUGCAGCCAAAAGAGAUGAGUUCGAGAUGAUGACAAAUUGCGGCUAUUGCUAAUUGACCGAGGUCCACCGUAUACUGACAAACAAUUAGACAAGAAAAAGUAUGUACGGAUCUCUUGGGCAGGAAAAAAAGGAAGCAAACAAGUCAUGACUUUCAAUGAGGCGAUGAGCGCAUGUUAAUAUCGAAUUACUAUCCGCACCCUCGUCAACUGACUAAGUGACGGGCCGCCGACG